CGCUCCACCGUGUGAAAAGACUUGAACACGUUUCUGACGUCAAUUCCCUCGAUAUUUUACCUUGGCGUUCUCUGGCAUCUCUCCGUUCACGAAAUAGAUAUCUGCAAAAACUGGGAGAGACAGCACACCAAAAAAAAUACACAUGCAGAGUGAGGUUUUCAGCGCGCCCGUCUUCUCGCUAUUCCUGUCGCCGUUGCUGUCAUCCUCGUUGCAUCUGAACGUUUAGUGUUGCUGCUGCCUCUGGUAGCGUUUGGUUCGCUCGCGUCUGGUGAGCUGCAGGGAAACUGCACUUCAUCCAUAGCGACCCUCGAGGAUGGAGCUAGCGGCAACCGCGCGUGCAUAAUUCCUCUUGAGCGAAAACGGCGCGGAUCAGUUAUAUAUAAAGCUGGCUGUUUCUUGCACUGUCAAAAAGAGGCAGAGGAUCCAACAUGUCUGCAAAAGAAAGACAAAAAGGAAAGCUGACCAAAGACAGCGUUACCUUGCUGCCUUGCUUCUAUUUCGUUGAGCUCCCCAUCCUGGCAUCAUCUGUGGUCAGCCUGUACUUCCUGGAGCUGACGGACGUGUUCAAGCCUGUGCGCUCCGGCUACAGCUGCAAUGACCGCAGCCUGAGUAUGCCCUACAUCGAGCCCACGCACGAGGUCGUCCCCUUCCUCAUGCUGUUCAGCCUUGCCUUCGCUGCCCCAGCGGUCACGAUAAUGAUCGGAGAGGGGAUCCUCUACUGCUGCCUGUCCAGGAGAAGAAUCGGAGGUGGAACGGAGGCCAACAUCAACGCGGCAGGCUGCAACUUCAACUCCUACAUCCGCCGUGCCGUCAGGUUUGUGGGGGUUCACGUGUUCGGGCUGUGCGCCACCGCCCUCAUCACCGACAUCAUCCAGCUGUCGACGGGCUACCACGCGCCAUACUUCCUCACCGUCUGCAAGCCCAACUACACCACACUCAACACCUCCUGCGACGAGAACUCCUUCAUCAUGGAGGACAUCUGCUCCGGGGCCGACCCGGCCGUGAUCAACGCAGGCAGGAAGUCCUUUCCUUCCCAGCAUGCAACCCUGGCAGCCUUCGCCGCUGUGUAUGUCUCUAUGUACUUCAACGCCACCCUGACUGACUCGUCCAAGCUGCUGAAGCCCCUGCUGGUCUUCUCCUUCAUCAUUUGUGCCAUCAUCUGUGGGCUGACACGCAUCAUCCAGUUCAAGAACCAUGCCAUCGAUGUCUACUGUGGCUUUCUCAUCGGCGGGGGAAUCGCUGUCUACUUAGGCCUCUAUGCUGUAGGCAACUUCCAGCCCAGUGAGGACACCACGAUACAGCCCCCAGUCCUCCGCGAGCCGAUCCGGUCCCUGGCGGACCUCGGCCAGGACGCUGCGCGGCACCUGCAGCAAGCCAAGGCUGCCGUCGAUGGUGUGGCAGUGCGCCCAGACAGCGUCCUCAACCGCAACCCACGUGAGGCCGGCUCCCUUGGCAACCUGAAGCGGGCCAGCGCCGACGUGGAGAUCCUGAGCCCCCGCAGCCCCAUGGGCAAGGAGAGCAUGGUGACCUUCAGCAACACCCUGCCCAGGGCGCACACCCCGGCCCUGGAGGAGGUCACCCGCCGCAACGCCACCAUACACGCCUCUAUGGACUCCACCCGCUCCAAGCAGCUGCUCUCGCAGUGGAAGACCAAGAACGAGAGCCGCAAGCUCUCCCUGCAGGUGAUGGAGACGGAGGCUGGCCACUCCCCCCAGCGGACCAUGGAGAUGCGCUGUAGCUCUGAGCCCGUGCGUGUGGGUGUCAACGGCGAACACCAGGGCCCCGCCGGCCAGUAUGUGAAGCUGGCCGCCGGCAGCGCGCCACUCCCCAGUAACAGCAGCGGCAUCGCUGGUGGCGCCCGCGUGUCCAUCCAGUCGCGCCCGGGCUCAUCUCAGCUGGUGCAUAUCCCCGAGGAGACGCAAGAGAACGUCAGCGCCUCCCCUAAGAACAGCUCGGCGCGCUCCAAGUGGCUGAAGGUGGCAGAGAAGAGCGCGGCCUGCCGGGCCAACAGCCAGCCGCGCAUCAUGCAGGUGAUCGCCAUGUCCAAGCAGCAGGGCCUGUUGCAGGGCAGCCCCAAGAGCUCAGAGGGCAGCACGGUCAGCUGCACCGGCUCCAUCCGCUACAAGGCCCUGACGGACCAGGAGCCCGGUGGAAUCGUACGGGUGGAGGCACACCCAGAGAACAGCCGGCCGGUGGUGCAGCCCCCCUCCACAGAUGGAAGCGGCUCAUGGAAGUGGAAGCCCCCCCAGGAGCGGGGCAGCAUCCGCCAGUCUUUCGAGCUCAAUGACCUGAACCGGGACUCGGAGAGCAGUGAGUCGCUCAAGGACGGCUACGGUCCUGGAGACCGGAAGCGGGCCAACCCAGAGGUCAUCAGCAUAGGCAGCGGCGUCGGUGGUGGUGGUGGGGUCGGCGAGCCCCACGCACACCACCACCACCAUCACCACCACCAUCACCACCCACACGGGAUCACCACCAUCCGCGUGACGCCGGUGGAGGGGAGCGAGGCGGCCUCCGAGACCCUCUCCAUCGCCUCCAGCCGGGACUCCACCCUCCGCAGGAAAGGAAACAUCAUCCUGAUCCCAGAGAGAGGAAGCAGCCCUGACGACACCCGGAACAUCUUCUACAAGGGGACUUCACCCACCCCGACCCCCACCCCAACUUUCAAGGAGUGAGCUGCCCUCCCCCCAUCCCCAGUGUGGCCUUGUUCCCUGGAUUUACAUAAGAGUGGCAGAAGAAUGAAGCCCACGCUCCUCGGAAAUGAAUCCCUUGAACCACCCCCACUCCCACCCCACCCGCCAAGAGUGCUGUAUAACCCAGUCCAUUACUCGUAAUCUUUUCAAUAUACUGCUCAAGACUUCAUGUGUGCUUUUAGUUUUUUGUCUAAUUUUUAAUAUUCACACAAAAGCACAAUUCGUCGCAGCGCCCUUUGCUUUGUAUUCAGUGGGCAAUGGUUUUGUUUUUGUGGGGGUUUUUUACUGUAAUCAUUUAAUAUGAACGCCGUCAGUCUGCAAAGUCCACUAAAGCUGAAUAUACUAUAUUGUGCCAAAUUUUGUAGAAACAUAGUCUUGGGUGAAGAUUACCAUCUUUUUGAUUGUUUGCUUUUUUGAUGUCCAGUGCUUUCUCUUUCUCUCUUUCUCUCUCUCUCUCUCGAA